AUGUUCCUCCCCACCCACGUCCUCCCAGUUGCAUCCUCCCCAGCUACGUCCUCCCAACACGUCCUCAGCUACGUCCUCCUCAGCUACGUCCCUCCUCGGCUACGUCCUCCCCCUGCUACGUCGCCCCAACUACGCCCUCCCAGCUACGUCCUCCCCACUACGUCCUCCCAGCUACGUCCUCCCCUCCACUUCGAUCCUCACACUACAUCCUCCCCAGCUACGUCCUCCCCAGCUUCAUCCUCCCCGGCUUCCCCACGUCUCUUCCCACCCCGUCCUCCCCCGCACGUCCUCCCCAGCUACGUCCUCCCCAGCUACGUCCUCCUCGGCUACGUCCUCCUCCCCUGCCCCACGUCCUCCCCGGCUACGUCCUCCAGCUACGUCCUCCCAGCUACAGUCCUCCCCAGCUACGUCCUCCUCGGCUACGUCCUCCCAGCUACGUCCUCCCCAGCUACGUCCUCCCCAGCUACGUCCUCCUCAGCUACGUCUUCCCACCCGUCCUCCUCGGCUACGUCCUCCCCAGCACGUCCUCCCAGCCACGUCCUUCCCAGCCAUGUCCCUCCCCAUUACGUCCUCCCCGACAACGUCCUCCCGGCUCACGUCCUCCCCAGCCACGUCCUCCUCACCUCUCCCCAGCUACGUCCUCCCCAGCUACGUCCUUCCCCAGCUACGUCCCUCCCUGACUGUCCUCCUGACUACGUCCUCCCCAUGCUGUCCCUCCAGCCACGUCCUCCCCACAGUCCUCCCCACUGA